GCAGGCACUGUGGAGAUGCCGCCAAAAGGGAAAAGCGGCGGCAAAGGGGGGAAAGGAGGAGCAACAUCUGGAGGUGAUGCUGCUGAUAAGAAAGCCCAAGGCCCCAAGGGGGGUGGCAGUAGUGUGAAGGUGAGACACAUUUUGUGUGAGAAACACAGCAGAGCCUUGGAGGCCCUGGAGAAGCUGAAGGCUGGUGUGCGCUUCAGUGAAGUAGCAUCCCAGUACAGCGAAGACAAAGCCAGGCAGGGGGGCGACUUGGGCUGGAUGAGCAGAGGCUCCAUGGUUGGCCCCUUCCAAGAGGCAGCUUUCGCCUUGCCCGUCAGCAGCAUGGACAAACCUGUGUACACAGACCCUCCCGUCAAAACGAAGUUUGGCUACCACAUCAUCAUGGUCGAAGGGCGAAAAUAAAAAUGUCCUGCUUGAUCUUGGGA